AUGGUAUGGUACAACCCAUCAUCACUCCUACCAACGGCUCAUCGCCGUGGACGGAACGCUAGUACCGAUAAUGUCCCUGAACCCCUUGCCAAGCCAUCAAUCUCUCCUCCUACACGUCUUAAAAAGCAUGAAAAGGUCGCACGUCUUCGAUUCCUAUCGCCACGUCCACCGUCGCUUUGUCGCAUUCCGUUUCUAUUCGGUCUCGUGAUUGGUGGCUUUAUUCUUGGGUAUUACACUCAACUGCUGCUCUUUUUUUGUCAUGUACGAUUAGGAUUUACAGCUGAAAUUCUAUCAACGUCCGAGAAGGAACUUGUCGAGAAAGUUGCUACUUCACUCCUGGAACACACGCAACGUGUUGUGUUUGUAUGUAAAAAGACCAAUUGGGACUUUCUUGGCUUUAUUGCGAGUCCCCAUACGAUCCUCUUUGCACAUGAUGAUGUGAUGGUGCCAUCAUCACUUGAAAAAAGUCUUCGGAUCGUCCGUCAUGCCGGGGUCGACAGUUAUUUGAAUCUCCAGAAUAAAACAGUGACAAUCAUGAAUCACGUACAUACGUCCGAUCCACGGAAUCAUCUACUGAAGCAGGAUGAUGAGGCCGUUAUAUACUGGCCACACUAUUAUCAGUGCUUGCAAAAAUGCACGGACCUCACGUCGUGUUAUGCCGGAGACAUGCACGUUAAUAUUGGUGACGUUAGGAACACAAAUUCAUACGUGUUUGCUACUGGAGGCUCUUAUUUUGUAGGAAGUGCACUGUUAAAGUGCUUGUUGGAGAAACCAAUCUUUAUUGAGUUGGACGGACUUGACUAUGGUGAAGACAAGACUGUAGGGAAGAUGAUUCACUAUAACCACUGUCACGUGCAGUACGUGAGCUGCAAGUGGUUUAACAAUGAGGAGGUGUACUCGCCCAAUGCACAUAUCAAGAUGAAGAAGGGCACGUCGGCGGAAAUUCGGGAAGAUACGGUCUUAUUAGGCAAGGACGAGCAAGUUUCACAGAGAGACCGUGACAAUAUGGCGCGUCGGCUCCAGGAGAACGGAGAGCAGAUACAAGGGGAUGGUGUAAAGGAAUAUGCAGAUACGCAGUGA